UCUCACGUAUACCCAGUAUGCAUAUGGCCAUGGAAUAACUAGGCCUAGCUAUUCCUUUCCGUAGAUCGAUGUAUGCACGUGGUCAAUAAAGAGUGACUAAUGCAUCACGGCAUAUGACUGCGUGUACAGAGACAGUAGCUAUAAAUCUCCGGGAAGAAGUUGGUGUUUAGCUGGGGUUAUUCCGUGAUAAACUCCACUUCAAGACCUACGCGGCUACGUGGUUAUGGCUGCUUGGAGAGAUGAGAUCCUUCAUGGAGUAGAGAGCGUGAAGUACCACGGGUGUAUCCCCGGCUACAUCAUUGUCUAUGGGGACAACUCUGAUGCCAUUCUGACAAACGAGACGGGAGAAACCUUAAUAGCUGCCGGUGGGUUGGGGCAAGGUCGAGUUGUGGUCUUCUCACACAACAUAUUCACCAAAAGCUACCUAAAACCGGAGCUGCCGAAGGAGAAUGAGACGUUGCUGCUAAACGUGAGGGCUUGGUCGACAAGAGGGAAGGAUACUGUCACUGUAGAUGUUGAUGGGACCAAUUGCUUUGAUGAAAUCCCAGCAAAUGGCUUCCUUGUUUGGUCAGGGGGAAAGAAGGAUGACGCAUUCCUUGACAAGAUGGCGGACUGGAUACAAAAUGGCGGCGGACUCGUCUGCGGGACUUGCCCCUGGGGUUAUGCGCAGGUGACCGGUGUAGCCAUUGAGAAUAUGCCUCUCAACUUCGUUAUGAGUAAACUUGGCAUGAAUUAUGCCACGUGUGAUGAUUAUUUCAGUACGUCAGAUGAACUUUCUGUUCACGUGAACUGUGCGGAGUUUGCGAGGUUAGACAAGGCAGUUAACUUAGUGAAGGUCGGUGGAGACUUGUGCAAGGUCAGAAAGACUUUGGGUAAUAUCUCGAGCAUCCCGCACGAUGUGUAUCGGCAGAGAGUGAAACCAGCCAUAGAUAACUUAAAGCAGGAGUGUCAUUGCGUACCAGCAAAGGACAAAAUGGCAGCAAGUACGAAAGAGAAACUUGCGACCACGAUACUGUGCAAUCUUAUGAUAAAGGAUGGUUUAGCUAGUGAGCCUGUAAUAGCAGAAGGCUGCAAGGAAUUUCCCGGAGAUUUCGAUGAGCCGCCAAGGUUAGAGGUAAUCACUGUUGAAGUAAUUGGUAAGGAAAACCAAUAUGUUCCAACUGGGUGUUACCUUCCGGCCGGCAUGGAGAUGUCCCUAUCCUGGAUAAAAGAUGGUGCCAGUAACGCUAGCGACUGCUCCGUAGUCAUAGGGGCCCAUACUGAUGAACUUUUCAGUGUUAAGGGUGCCUGGCGCCGUUGGCCUAAAGUUAGUAUCAAGAGAACAUUGGAAAGUAACCCACUGAAGAUAUGCAGUCCAUUUGGUGGAUUGGUUUAUAUCGUUAGUCCAAAGGCUCCAAGCCAUCUGACGGUGACUUUAAGCAACAUCGUCCCCGCUCCAAGGUUCACGUUCGAGACAGCUGAGAGUUGGGAUUUGGAGAGAGAGAAGCCUGGAUUAUGGUCUGACAUCUCUGGAGACUUGAUCGCAUUCACGCUGCCUUCCAAAUCCAUCCGACAACUGAACAACCCUUGCCCAACAAUGAGACUGUGGGAUGAAGUCGUCAGGGCGCAUAUGGAGCUUCGGGGAUGUGACCCGUCCCUGGGCCGCGGCCAGUGGGUGGUGACCGAUGAACAACCCAGCUGUGGAUACAUGCACAGUGGCUAUCCCAUCGUCACACAUUUAGAUGUGGCCGAUCCCACUCAUAAAAAUGGGGACCACUUUCUCAUGAACGGGGACCGCAUCGUGAACCCUCAUGGCAACGGCUUCUGGGGACCGUUCCACGAACUCGGUCACAACUUCCAGCAUGAUUCCUGGACGUGGGCCGGGACUGGGGAGGUGACCGUCAAUAUCUUCACCCUGCACGCCAUGGACACCUUGUGCAAGCUGAAACCAUGGACACACCCGUGGUUAGCUGGGCACAUGUCUGACGUAAAGGCAUAUCUCCGGGGCGGGGCUGAUUUCGAGAAAUGGAAGUCAGACCCCGGAGUUGCCCUCACAAUAUACGCCCAGCAGGCUCGGGACUUCGGCUGGGGACCUUUCAAGACGGUCUUCAGGGAGUACGAGGCGCUACCACGUUCUGAACAACCUAAGAACGACGAAGACAAGAUCGUGCAGUGGAUUGUGCGGUUCUCUUUGGCGACAGGCAGGAAUCUUUGCCCGGCGUUCGAAUUUUGGGGUUUCCCAUGCACUGAGCAGGCGAACGGGCUCCUGGGAGACCUGCCGCCGUAUCUUCCCGCGGAUGAGACUACAAUGAAAAUGGCGUCGGAAAGAGCUGCACAGCACGACGUAGCAAGAUUUACAAGGUGGUACAUGUUCGUUGUGUCACACCCAGGAAAGAUCUCGCAGCUAUCGCCGUUUACCACCAAGGACAAACGUAAUCCCGUAUACGUCCACCGGAUUGCACUGGGCGACUGCAAGGAGCCUACAAGUUGAAGUCGGACAGGGAGUCGUAAUGAUGCGGUACAGCAAUGUUUACUCGUCGCCAAUUUUUACCAUUGCGAAAAACGUAUUCGCCUGAGGAACGUAAACAAGGACUACCCUGCCACUGAAGUAUAGUGUCAAUCAUUUGUAAUUCUAAAUAAAAUAAAAUGUCCAACGCAAUGGACCACUCAUAUGUAAUCGUGUUUAUUUCCGCUGCGGCAGAUGAUUGAUCGCCAAAAUAAGUGGCUAAAAUUAUUUAUUCAUGUAGAUGUAUGUAACCAUAGUUUUAAACUCGAGGUGGGGUUGUGAAGAUCAAAUAAAAUGCAAGUUUACUGCAGUAAGGGUCGGUUAACAAUCGAGGCGUUGUCUAAUCACUCAAAUUGCAAGUAAAGGCAAUCUGACCUUCAACAACUCAUACUGAUGAAAUUGACACCCGACAGUAGAAUAUCAUAACAUGUUCCGAAUUUU